AUGGAAUCGCAAAAAUUGAUUGCCCGCGACAACGGACGCACACCGUUUCAAUGGGAAGAUUCUGAAAACGCAGGAUUUACGAGCGGACAACCUUGGCUCAAAGUUAAUCCGAAUUACAAAGAAAUCAACGCCGAAGCGCAGGAAACCGACGAAAAUUCCGUGUUGAAUUAUUUCCGUAAAACGAUUCGUUUCCGCAAGGAAAACGAAGUUUUAGUUUACGGUAAAACCGAAUAUUUCGACCUGCAAAGCGAAAGCGUUUUUGCCUACACACGGGAAUUAAACGGCAGAAAACUAUUGAUCCUGUUAAAUUUCACGGACAAAAACGUA